AUGGCGGAGAGCACCGUUCUGACGCCACCGAGUGCGCGCCACACCGUGUCGCCCCGAGACCGUAGUCCGCUCGCAACCGGCAUUUCCACGCUCUCGUCCCCGACGGAGCACGCCAUAGAAGUGGACGGCCCUACCACACCGCCGUCGCCACUGCACGCACCGCCGCAGGAAACACAAGCGAACGUCACGGAGAAGCUCAGUGGCGACGAGGCCGAGAGGUGGUGCGGUGACCGAGAGCCGCCCUCCCAUGGGUAUGUCGCGUCGUCGUCGCCUGGCACGAAUGCGCAUCUACCCAUCUCGCCCCCACCACCUGUGCGAGACGAGGGACACGCGCACAUCACCGCCGCUGACUAUGCCGAUCGGCAGCGACUCCUGUACCACAUCACCUACCUGAGCACCCAACUGCAACGCGCGCAGCUGCAAGUAGAAGACCUCACACGAACCGUCUGUGUGCUGCGUGGUGCGGUAGGUGACCCCGCCGCAGCCACGGCUAUCAAGGUCGCCAUAAAGGAGGACGCCACGUCGGCCGCAGUGCUGGCCGCGAGGGAAGAGAAAGACGUGCACGCUGCCCUGCAGGCAACCCUGGCAAUCUUUGACCCUGUGAUUGCCCAGACCCAGAUCUACCGUCUCGACGAUGCGCUGGCACAGGUCGGGUUGCUACGCGAGGCGGAACUGGCCCAGCUGCGCAAAGCGAACGCGGCACUGCAGGACCACCGCACGCUCGCCAGCCGCCUCUCUGAAGAGGUGGCGCAGCUGCGCAGCAAAACGGCAGCGUUAGAGCAGCAGAAGCAGCGCGCAGAGACGCAGCUAGCCGCGGCUGUCCUCGAAGUCGAGCAGCUCCGCUACGAGGAACGACGACUCAACAAUCGCGUGGUAGGCCUAGAGGAGCUUGCGCAAGACGGCACGUGGAUGAGCGACGUGCGCGUCGUCAGGGCAGCCGCGGCGUCGACGCAGUCGAGCGUCUCUCCGUCGCUGCCGCUUGUUCAGCUCGAACGCGAGGAACAGUUGGCACGGCAGUCGCUGCUGCUUGACGUCUUCUGGGACCCCGUGCUCAUCGCCUUCGACGCGGGCUUGACAUGGCUCUUCGAUAGCGCCGCACUGCAAGCUCGAGGCUCCGUUGCGCAAGAACAACCGGCGGCCCCAGACAGGGCCAAGGCUGUCGCGGACGAGCGCGACCUCGUCUCACUGGCGCAAGCCGGCAUCCUCGUCGAGACGCCGGCGCUUCCGACAGAUGCAGACCUACUUCUCUUGCAACGUCAGCAGGAGGAAGUAACGCAGCUGCGUGCGAGAGCGCAGCUGCUGCAGGAGCGCAAUCGCGUAGGACAGCUUGAAAACGAGCGCCUCCAGUUCCUAUAUGAAGGCGAGGUGCGGCGCAACGAGCGCAUGGCGAAAGACCACGCGGCACAGCUGCAGCAGGCCUACGACGAAGUGGUGCGCGACCGGCAGUACAUCAUGAACAAGCUCAAGCAGGAAGUCGAGGAUCAAAUUCGACUCGCCUACGAAGACGGCAGGGCGCACGAGAAAAGCAGAGCCAGAAGCCGACGCUCGCAGAAGGCGCUUCGCGCCGGUAAUGCCGUCCUGUGA